UUAAAAAACAUAAACAUAAAAUCCUCCUCCCCCUCCGCGUCUCUCUCUGUGAACAAAACCCCAACUUUGUUAAUCAGAUCUGAGUUAUGGUAAAUCAACUUAGUGGAACCCAAUGACCCAACUUCGCCACUCCAACGACGGAAUACACACCAUGGUCUGCAACCUGAAAACCAACCUGACACUGUUUGAUCUGAUUACCAACAUCCUCUCUGCCCUCCUAUCCUCUGUCUCCGUCGGAUCCUUCGUCACGGUCCGAGAGCUUGGAGAGGGAAGUAAGGAUUCGCUGCUUGAGCUCCACGACUGCCAAGUGAGAGGUCAGUGAAGAGGACGAUAAUCUUGAAGGCGUUGAAGACGAUUGUUGGUUUGGGGAUUUUGCGAGUUUUGAGGGUUUCGCUGCCGGAUUAUUCAUUGCGACUCGUCAGAAACUCUAACCAGAGAUAUGAGUCUUGCAGAGAAUGAGAAACCCAUAAAGGGUUUUCAAUAAGACCAAGUGGGUUUUAGGUUUUAAGAAAGAUUUGAUUUUGCAGAAGUGAGAUCACAGUUGAGAGAAAUGGAGACUCCCAAAUCCCAAUGCAGCAGAAGAGGAAGAGAUAUUUUGGAAACCACCACUGCACUCUUCUUCAACAAACCAGCACUUUAGAUUACAUUCUCUAUCUGUGUUACACCACAGGAAAUUUUACAUCUAAUAGUACCUAUGCCAAUAAUCGAUACCAAAUCCUCUCUUCUCUGGCUUCCAAUGUCUCUACAAAUAGUGGUUUCUUUAAUACCAGCAUCGGCCAAGAACCCAACAAAGUAUACGCUCUUGGGCUUUGCAGAGGAGAUGCUACAUCAGAGUCUUGUUUUGAUUGUGUCAACUCUGCCAGUCAAGAACUCAUGGCACAGUGUCCAUACCAGAAAGAGGCACUUUCUUGGGGAGCUGAUCCUCCAUGUAUUAUACGCUAUACAAACCGCUCUUUUUUCGGAAUACUGGAGCUAGAUCCUGUGGAUUCUGGCUAUAAUACUGCUGACAUAUCUUCAAAUAUAACAGAGUUUGAUCAGAUCUGGGAAGCUUUGAUGGAAAGGGUGAUUGACAGAGCUUCAAGUGGCUCUUCCAGGAUUAAGUAUGCCACAGAGGAAGUGAAACUGUCUGAGUUUCAGGAUAUACAUGCUCUGAUGCAGUGUACGCCAGAUCUGUCUCAGAGCGACUGCAGAGAGUGCCUAAGAGAAAGCGUAAGUAGUUUUCAGAGGUGCUGCAGCGGAAAGCAAGGAGGUUAUGUUCAGAGACCUAACUGUAUUUUUCGGUGGGAUUUGUAUUCCUUUUACAAUGCUUCUGCGUCUCCUCCAGCUCCUCCACCUCCGUCACUGUCUCCUCCUCCAUCUCCGUCAAGUAAUUCUUCUCCAGGGACAACCAAUACAACAAAUGCAAACGAUGAUAAUGAUGGCAGCAUUGAACCUGGAACUAUUGCAGCUAUUGUUGUUCCUACAGUUACUUUCAUCGCAUUUCUUGCCCUCACUUGCAUCUUUCUGAUCCAAAGGAGAAGAAAGCGAUAUCAGCAGGUCAAAAAUGCAGAUGAAGUUGAGAAAGUGAAAUCCUUGCAAUUUGACUUGGGGACGAUAAGAAAUGCAACUGAUAACUUUUCUGAUGCAAAUAAGCUUGGACAAGGGGGAUUUGGUGCUGUUUACAAGGGUACUCUUCCGGAUGGACAAUAUGUAGCGGUGAAGAGGCUGUCUAGACAUUCAAGUCAAGGAGAAGUAGAAUUUAAGAACGAGGUGUUGUUAAUGACGAAGCUUCACCACAGGAAUCUGGUCAGGCUUCUGGGUUUCUGCUUGGCAGGAAGUGAAAGGCUUCUCAUAUAUGAAUUUGUGCCUAACUCGAGCCUCGAUCACUUCAUUUUUGAUCCAACGAAGCGUGCUCUACUGAAUUGGCAAAAUCGUUACAGAAUUGUUGGGGGCAUUGCGCGAGGACUUCUUUACCUUCAUGAAGAUUCUCGACUGCGAAUUAUUCAUCGCGAUCUCAAAGCAGGCAACAUAAUGUUGGAUGAAGAAAUGAGUCCCAAGAUCUCGGAUUUUGGAAUGGCAAAAUUGUUUGAAGUGGACCAAACUCAAGACGAUACAAGCAGAGUCGUGGGCACCUAUGGAUAUAUGGCUCCGGAGUAUGCAAUGCAUGGACACUUCUCUAUUAAAUCUGAUGUGUAUAGCUUUGGCGUUUUGGUAUUGGAGAUCAUCAGCGGUCAAAGGAUUAAUCAUUUCCAUUAUGGGGAAGAGGCUGAGGACCUCCUAACUUUUGCUUGGAAAAACUGGAAUGUAGGGACAGUGUCAAAUUUGCUAGAUCCGACACUGAGGGUUGGUUCGAGAAGUGAAAUGAUGAGGUGUAUCCACAUUGGACUACUAUGUGUUCAAGAAAAUGUAGCCAGUAGACCAACCAUGGCUUCAGUUGUUCUAAUGCUCAGUAGCUCCUCCGUUUCCCUCUCAGCACCCUUGAGACCUGCAUUUUUCAGCGGCACUUUUGUCGAUUCUGAGGCAUCAGCAUCAGCAACAACAGCAGAUCAAUCCAAAAGUUGAUCGGUUAAAUUCACCACCAAUGAGGCUUCGAUCUUUGAGUUAGUACCUCGAUAAUGCACAAUGAUGGAGGCAGUGUCAUGAGAUAUUAUAAAUGUUCGUUUGUUGUUCUUAGUUCUGAUUGUACAAGAAUAUUUUGUCCUUUUUAUACUUCUCUAUUCAACAACAGAAAUAUUCGUAGUUUGUUAAAUUUUUGUCUUCGUCCAGUCCAGUUAAUCUUUGUUAGUUCUUAGUUUUGACAAAAGACAAACGAAUUUGUUAGAACAAGUCCAACCCUUUACCCUA